GCUCCCUGCUCGGCGGCCGGGGGACCCAGCUCGCCCUGGGGACCUCGGCGGCGCCCCGAGCCCGCGCCGCGCUGCUCGCUGUAUGCGGGGCCCGAGCCCCGCGCGCCGGCCGGAGCCGCCCCGCGCCCCGCGCCUCGCGCCCCGCGCCGCCCGUGACCGCUUGAUGGGGUCAACGGCACCGCCGCCGCCGCCGCCAGGGCAGCCCAAUGUCUCCUGCGCGUGCAACUGCCAGCGCUCUUUGUUCCCCAGCAUGGAGAUCACGGAGCUGGAGUUCGUGCAGAUCGUGGUCAUCGUGGUCGUGAUGAUGGUGAUGGUGGUGAUGAUCACGUGCCUGCUGAGCCACUACAAGCUGUCAGCCCGCUCCUUCAUCAGCCGACACAGCCAGGCCCGGAGGAGAGACGACGGAGGACUGUCCUCGGAAGGAUGCCUCUGGCCCUCGGAGAGCACGGUGUCAGGCGGAAUGCCGGAGCCACAGGUCUAUGCCCCACCUCGGCCCACUGACCGCCUCGCUGUGCCCCCCUUCGUCCAGCGGAGCCGUUUCCAGCCCACCUACCCCUACCUGCAGCACGAAAUUGCCCUGCCACCCACCAUCUCGCUGUCUGAUGGGGAGGAGCCCCCACCCUACCAGGGCCCCUGCACCCUCCAGUUACGGGACCCGGAGCAACAGCUGGAGCUGAACCGAGAGUCUGUGCGCGCGCCCCCGAACCGGACCAUCUUCGACAGUGACCUCAUAGACAGCAGCAUGCUGGGGGGCCCCUGUCCCCCCAGCAGUAACUCCGGCAUCAGCGCUACCUGCUAUAGCAGCGGCGGGCGCAUGGAGGGGCCUCCUCCCACCUACAGUGAGGUCAUUGGUCACUACCCCGGCUCCUCCUUCCAGCACCAGCAAAGUAAUGGGCAGUCCUCCCUGCUAGAGGGGACCCGGCUCCAUCACCCUCACAUUGCCCCACUGGAGAACAAGGAGAAGGAGAAACAGAAAGGUCACCCCCUCUAGGAGUGGGGGCCCGGGCACCUCUAGGCAAAACCGCAAAAAAAAAAAAAAAAAACACUCCGCACUUCUUAAGAGAGAAGAGAGGAAGGCAGGGGACACACAGGCUGUAAGGCGUGUGCUAGUUCUCCGGUCUGUGUAUAAAUAUUUACAUGUUCUGUGUGGUCUGAAUGCAGAAGCUCAGAAAGCUUGCAAAAAAAAAAAAAGAAAGAAAGAAAGAAAAAAAAAAAAAAUGAAAGAAAGAAAGAAAAUGAAAAAGAUACCAUGUUUCUUUGUUGAGCCGUGUCUUGGAGGCAAAAGAGAAAAUGCUCCACCAGUCUUUUCUUCGUUGUUCUUAGUUGAGCUCUGUGCGUGAAUGCUUAACUCCUUUUGUUUAUGAAGGUUUUACUUAACUUUAAAGACAUAUUUGCACAAAACCUUUGUUUAAGAUCUGCAAUAUUAUAUAUAUAUAUAAAUAUAUAUAAAAUAAGAGACUGUAUGUGGGAGAGCAGGAGUAUUUUUGUAUUAGAAGAGGCCUAUUCAAAAAAAAAAAAAGUUGUUUUCUGAACUAGAAGAGAAAAAAAAAUGGCAAUUUUUUGAGUGCCAACUCUGAAAGUGUGUAUUACCUUGUAAAGAAAAAAAGACCCUACAAAGCAGGGGUUUAGAGCUAUUUAUAUAAAUGUUGAUAUUUUGCACUAUUUUUUAAUAUAAUAUAUCAGUGCUUGUUUGAUGGAAACGUCUAGAGAGUGUGUUGAGACUUGGAGAAAUGUUGAGUUUCAGUCUGAACAGAGCAGCGGGGCGGGGGGGGUGUCCCCCCACUCCCCCCCACCCCACCCCGGGGCUCAGAGGACCCCCCCCACUGUGCAGGAAAGCCAGGCUCCCCAGGGCCACGCUCCUGCAAGCCAAUGGAUGCUUCUGUCCAGACAGGCUGUGAACAGUUACACAUUCCCUGCCGAAGGGGACCCAUGUCGUCGUCCCUCUGGGUUACAGCUGAGACAGGACCGCCGGCCCCCGCCCCCUCCCCACGGAGGCACCCAGUUCCUUUCCCAAUAUGAAAAUAAACUGUUACUGAAGGAA